AUGUCGCAGUCACCUGGGUGCAUUAGCGCGCCCGUUGUCAACCUCGCCUACACACCCUCCACACCUAGCAGCCCACCUCCCAGCUGCAGUAACGACAAUGACAAGCCCUUACCCUCCUACCUCUCCCGCCACAUCAAGCUCGGCUUUACGCAGGACGAUGUCGCGGCGCUCAUCUCCUCCAUCGAUUCGAGCCAAGCCCCCCCAUCAUCUUCUGAUGCAACGCUAGCGCACCUCCCCGCUGAACUACUGCUGCAAAUCCUCGAACACGUGCCCGUGGAUCAUGUGCUCGAUUGGCGGUUACGAACGGAGUUGGUGGGGUAUAUGGGGGCUAGACAUGAGAGUGUCAUGCAGGACUUGGAAGAGGAGGAGUAUGAAGCUGUGCACUUGCUUGAGGCGGAAUAUGUGAGGAUCGAGGAGGGUGGGAAGAUGGGGGGAGAGGACGAAGAGAGAGGGAAGAGGCCGGUUUGGAGUGGGACGCAUGCUGUGUUCAAAAUCAAGGAUGAAUGGUAUCGCGCGUUCAGACAGAUAAGCGGCGCGGAAGCAAGGGGUGGACAUGCUAUCAACGCCGCUGAUUCACAAUGGUUCAGCGUGUUGGAUCUACUUGAACUGCGACGCGAAGAAAGGUUCGGACAAUUGCGGUGGUGCAUCAGGUUGGACCACGCAGUUCUGGAUUUGGAUUUUCCUUGCGUGAAAGACCGCUUGCAUUUCGACCUCGACAUAAACCUGCACACUGGUCUUAUACGAGUAGCAUGGCAAGACAUGCUCAUCCGCUUUCUCAAGACAGAACGAGCACUAAGGUUGCUGCUAGAAGAAAAACGCGACGCCACCUUCACAUUCUCCCACCUCGAAGAUUGUCUCCGCUCCACCCGCCGCACGCGCCUCAUCAACUCACUUACCACCUCAAAAGAUGACAACGCCAUCCGCUGGGCUCUCCGCCCCCUCCGCCCUUUAUUUGGCACGCCAGCUGACCGACACACCUCUCCACUAUCAAAUACGGAGCACGACGCCACGAGACAACUCCUCCUCCUCCGCCGCACCGCCUCCCUAACCGCCUCCCAACUCACCUACCUACACACCCUACAUACCACCUACCUGACUCUGGAAGCCUCCGUCCAAUCUCUCGACGACACAUACACCGAGUUCAAAUCAUACAUGUCCAUGCCUGGGUUCCAAACAACCAUCUUACUUCCAUCUAUGAUAAACAAUGCGAAAAGGGUGCCUAGGAAUCCUGUUGCCUGGUCUGAUGAAUUAAGACAGAAGAUUGAGUGUCAGGUUGCGAGGUGGAAGCAGCAAAGAGAUGUGAUGGAGAAGGUUAGGGCGCUGCUGGAAGGGAGUUGUGAGGCCAUGGCUGUGCCGGAGGAUGGGUUUGAUGAGUUGGGAAGUGAUUUUUGA